AAAUGCAAUUUAUGGACGUAAAUGUGAACGAUUCAACGGUUGUAGGAUGGAAGAUGGUGGCGUUAGACAAGUGGCAAAGAUUUCUUUAGCGUCGGCUAGAUCUUGUCUUUCGAAAAAAAGAUACGGCCGAGCAUUCGCCAACUUUCUGUUGUUCCUGAAACUUGUUCCAGAAAAUCACGAUGAUGUACUUGAAGAUUUUAUCAUGACCAUGAGACUUUGGACUGAAAACUUAGAGAGAGAAGGCAGAAUUGAAGAUUUGUUCAAGUGUUUCGAUCAAGCUUGUGAGAUCCUUCCUGACAAUGAGUCAAUAUUAAACAACAUAGGUGCCCAAUUAUUUAGACUUGGGUAUGCAGAAGAAGCUGUCUUGUACAUAAGAAAGUCACUACAUCUGAACCCAGAGUAUCUAGCUGCAAGAGAAAAUCUGGAAAAUAUAUGUAGCCACCUUGUUGAAAGAUGGCAUUUCCGCAUGCUUAAUGAUGUUCGAAGGAAUUGUGCAUACAGGUCUGCUAUCCAGACAGCUGUCCAAUCUGGCUAUCAUACCGUUCUGGAUAUAGGCACAGGUUCAGGAAUCCUCAGUCUGUUUGCUGUAGAAUCUGGAGCAGGCGAUGUGACAGCUUGUGAAAAAUCGAAGACAAUGUUUGAAAUAGCACAGGAUGUACUUCGGGAAAAUUCUGUUCUCCAUAAAGUACGUCUGGUGCGUGAAUUAUCUACAGACCUUACAAUGCCCAACGAUCUACCAGGGAGAGUAUCACUGGUGGUGACAGAAACAUUUGAUGCUGCUUUGUUUGGAGAACAUAUCAUAUCUACACUUCAACAUGCCUGGAAGGACCUUCUCAUGCCUCCAACAUCUAGACUGCGUUCCAAAGUUAUACCAAGUGGAGCAACUCUAUACAUAUGUGCAGUAGAAUCUGAAGCUAUUCGUACACAAAACAGAUUCCUGUAUCCAGGAUUACACAAACUAGACAUGGGAGGUGUGGGGAUAGUAUGUACUACUGGUACUGUAGCUGACGAACCCUACACCACAGAGAACCUGACUCGUCUUCGCCGGGGAUACAAGAUGUUAUCAGAACCUUCCCUUCUCACCUGUAUCAACUUCAAUGAUCCAUUGGAGCUGGAUAUAAUAGCCAAUGGCAUUGAAUGGCAGGCAACUCUACCCAUUACAACUAUUGGAAAGCUAGAUGCCAUUGUGUUUUGGUUUGACCUUCACCUUGACGAUGAGAUCUCCAUAACAACUAACCCAUCAAUGGAGACCUGUUGGGAACAGGCGGUAUUUCCUGUACUGCCCUCUCAUUUUCAUCAAAGCUGCUGUGGGAUGCUUCAUGACACACAACAUGGGUUUAUAAUCAGGGAUGGAGACUCACUUCAUGUAAAGUUCAGUCUAGGAGAAGAUUGUUUAUGGUUGGUUUCCUGUCACUGCUGCCAUGACAGCGAUGAUUCAGCACCCUACAUGCCUCUGGCAGAUUUUAUCUGUCCACCACAGGUCACUGAACAAUAUCUAUUGGAAAGGACAGAAAUAGACAAACUCAACAAUCUCUAUUACAAUAAAAUGUUCUGUCAGGCCAUAGAUAAACAUUUAUCACAGUUAGAUUGUGCUGAUAGCCUAAGAAUCCUUGACUUCUCUGGAGGGUUAUCUCCCCUUUGUUUACAAAUGUUAAAGGAUAGUGAUCAUCAUUGCGUUGUUAUAGCAAGGGAGGGACUACAUGAUGUCAUAUGGAAGUUGAUGUCUGUGAAUGAUAUCGACCGUGAUAGACUGCAGCUUGUGGAACCUUCGAACCUGUCAGAGGUCGAGGGAGAUUGUCAGCUAAUAUUGUGUGAUAUCAUAGAACAGUGUGGCAUCCUCAAACAGCAAGUCCUGGAGGACAUCGCACUUCUCAGAGCCACCUGUCUUUCUGCUGGGGGAAUCAUUGUUCCUGGCCGUGUCACUAUUCACGGUCUGUGUGUAGAGUCGGAAAUGCUUCACGGGGAUAGUGCUGUCAUCAACGAACGUACACUGGGGUACAACAUUGCCAAGUAUAUGAACAAUUUCCAGAUGACUAAACACGUUGAUAUAGAUUUAUCAACCUUAUCACAUGUCAGGCUCUCUGACCCAUUUGUCUUGAUGCAAUUUGACCUCAAUGAACGCCUGAGUAGCGAUGAGCCUCCAUCCUUUCUGGAGCAAACCCAGGAAGUGAAGGUCACCAUGACAGACGUAGGUCACCUGACUGCUGUAGUGUACUGGUUUGAAUUUGAAAUGGCAGAGGGUCUGAGGUUCACAACACUUGAUGGAACGUCCCAUUGGAAGCAAGCUGCUGUUAUGUUAAAGUCUUCUACAGAAUUUACAAUGGGACAAACAGUGGACUUAAAUGUUUGUUUGAAAAAUAGUUGUAUCAGUAUCAAAAUUGACAAACAAUUCAAUGAUGCUACUCCUUGAACUGAAGCAUGUUCAUGUAUUUGGCCACUUUACAAGACAGUCAAUGAAUUGUAUAAAUGGUGAAUCUUAUCAUUAAUACAAAAUGUCCUAAUUCAAACAGCAUCACAGAAUUGGCAAACCUGUAGUUCAGGGAUAGCUAGCAAAGCAUUUACCAGUAAUACUGUAAGGUAUGAAUACUCCCAUGCUCCUUACACAGCAGUAUCAGCAUUUGACAAUCAUCUGUAUACAACCAUGUCAACGGUGACUUUGAACGCUGGAAACAAAAACAUGUAAGGGGUAUUGACAUAGUUGGCCACAAGUUUGAUUGAAUAUUUUAGUAAGUGGAGUUGCUAGCGACAAUAAUUCUAUUUAAAGUGAUGCAUAACACUAGUACCCUAUUUUCACAGGACAUAUGUAAGUGAUAGAACAAGCAGCGAGUUCGGUGAAAAAACAAAGCAUUUGAAAAAAAAAAUAAGGGGGUUCUGUUUAAGAACCUAUAGGAUACACACUACAAGACUAGAAUUGUACUUGCAAAAUAUUGAUACUUUGAAACUCAACACAAAACUGAAUAAAUUUAAAUAUUUAUUUGAUAUCAUCAAAUGAACAUAAAAUAUAGACAACUAGCGCAAGUCAUCACACAAACGGGUAACAAAUUUAUUAUACUAGUAUUCAUUGCUGAAUCACAAAUACAGAUCACGGCUGCAUCCAAAUGUCCAUUACAGUCUUACAGCAUUUCUGGUAAAUUAUGGGUGUUCAU